AUUAUUAUUAUUUAUCUACAUUUUUAAGUUGGGACGCAUGGACUGAUGAGAAGUUUUCACAACUUGGAAUAAUGAGUGACUCCUCCUGGAUUCAUCUUCAUUUGGGGAUUUAACAGUCGUUUGAGAAAAAUAAACUUUGUAUGGGACAUUUCUCAAAAGCUAUGGAGUUUGCUUUGCGAAUUCACCUUUUUACAGCUUUUGUCUCUUGUAUUAAGGUUUAUGCUCAAGUGGUACAACCUGCGAAGCAUCCAGGCCUGCAGGUGUUGGCCACGGCCUCACAUUACUGGCCUCUUGAUGCUGUGGACGGAAUCCAUGAACUGUGGGACCAGAUUGGAAACAGACCAGGUUAUGUUAACGGAAGCAACAUAAACAUUGUUGAAGGAAUGGUCAACAAGGGCAUCUUUCUGAAUGGAGAUAACGGCGGCACCUUUCUCCACUUUGGAAACUACCAGAACUCUUGCAUUAGUGACCCUACUUUUUGUGGUCCUGAGGGGAUUACCUUCUCCUUUUUUUGGAAAAACCACGAGCCAGAGUCCCGUUUUGCCAUAGCCUCUGGAGGGAAAGUUAUCUCCAACGGCUUCUCAGUCUACAGCAAUCCCUACGGAGGAUAUGUGGAGUUUUACACUCGAGGCAACAACCACAGAUGGAAGGCCAACAUCGUAGUUCCAGGACCUUUCUGGACCCAUGUUCUCUUCACAUGGACGAAAACGGAUGGUCUAAAGGUCUACAUCAAUGGGACCCUCACCGCUAACGACCCAGCCGGUAGCGUCUCAGAGCACUACGGUGACCCCUACCCCGACCUCGUCAUCGGGACUGGCAACGACAGGACGUAUCGUCACUACGUCACGGGGGCCUUCGAUGAGUUCGUCAUCUGGGAAAGGGCCCUUCCACCUCGCGAGAUCUUGCUCUACUACGCUGCCGCCAUAGGUCAGGCCAUAGUUUCUGCCACAACACCCCAGGCCUCCGAAGGAAUCACUUCAACUACGCCAACAGUCACAGCCACCGUAGUGAGUCCUCCUAUCGUCAUCAACCAGGGUGACCUGGUCCAAAGCUCCCAGGACCCGCAGUCCAUGCCUGUGUUGGGCUUCCUGAAGGCGCUGCCCAAUAGGACCAUUCCUCACAACACUGCCAACAACCUCACACAGGCUUUUCUCAAAAGUGUGGAAGAAGUGCUGUCCUCUCCUGGCCUGCCAGAGCAGCAGUCCACCCCUGUGGUCAGCGGGCUGAUCAAGACAGUGGACAUAGUGAUGGAACAUAUGGUGACUAACCUGGAGCCCAGCCGGAGCUCUCUCAUCUCCCUGGGUGGAACAUCUUUUGUUGCAGAUUACUCUCUGAUGAAAUUCCCACAGAACUACAACCUGUCGCAUUACCGCUUUCCCACAGAGGGCAAAAACUACAUCUCCGUGCCCGGAGAGGCUUUCACCAUGCAGUCUCAAACCACCAUCGUCGGCCUCUUCUACCACAACAUGCACAGCUACUACAAAGAGAUCAGCCCCGUCAAGACCAGGAUUAACGAAGCAGCCGAUUACAAGGAUCACAAGAUCCAGGUAGCGAGCUGUCUCAUCUCUCUGAAAGUGGAGCCGUCACCGGCCCUAUCCAUCAACCUCUCCGGAGCGCCACUCAUCAAGAUUGUCCUCACCCACAUCCUGACUAAAGAACAGCAAGAGCAAGUACUAAAUCAGAGCAAUAAAGUCUUCCUCUACUGCGCCUUCUUGGACUACAGUUCAAAUGAGGGAAUAUGGUCCAACGAGGGAUGCGUACGCUCCGAUGGAAACAUGACGUACUCUGUGUGUCUGUGCAACCACCUCACCAACUUUGCUAUACUCAUGCAAGUGGUGCCCAUAAAGCUCACCACCGGCCACAGGGUGGCACUGUCAACCAUCGGUUAUGUUGGCUGCUCAAUUUCCAUCUUCUGUCUCGCCAUCACGCUGGUCACCUUUGCAAUUCUGUCCUCAGUCAGCACCAUACGUAACCAACGCUACCACAUCCACGCCAACCUGUCCUUUGCCAUCCUGGUGGCUGAGAUCUUACUGCUCAUCAGCGCUCGCUUCGACCCGGGCACGCUGCCUUGUAAGGUAAUGGCUGUCCUGCUUCACUUCUUCUUUCUGAGCGCCUUCGCCUGGAUGCUGGUGGAGGGUCUCCACCUCUACAGUAUGGUGGUGAAGGUGUUCGGCUCCGAGGGCAGCAAACACUUCUACUACUACGGCAUUGGAUGGGGCUCUCCAUUGGUGAUAUGUGUGGUGUCCAUGACAUCAGCUCUGGACAGUUACGGCGAGGUUGACAACUGUUGGCUCUCCCUGAAGAACGGAGCCAUCUGGGCGUUUGUGGCACCAGCUCUGUUUGUCAUUGUGGUGAACAUUGGCAUUCUGAUAUCUGUGACCAGGAUCAUAUCUCGGAUCAGCGGAGAGAGUUACAAGAUCCACGGAGAUGCCAAUGCAGUCAAGUUGACCGCAAAAGCAGUGGCUGUGCUCCUUCCUAUUCUCGGCAUCUCCUGGAUCUUCGGCGUUCUCGCUGUCAACACACACUCAUUGGCGUUCUUAUAUAUUUUUGCUGUAUUCAACUCGUUACAAGGGUUCUUUGUCUUCUUGUUUCACUGUCUUCUCAACUCUGAGGUCAGAGCUGCUUUCAAACACAAAACCAAGGUGUGGUCUCUCACCAGCAGCUCCAUCCGAAACAUCAAUGUGAAGCCAUUCAACUCUGACAUU